AUGUGGAGGGUCAAUCAAGCACGUACUCUUUCCAAGGUUCGUUUUCUGCCCAUUUUUGCAGUUUCGAGACGCUUUUUGAGUGCAACAACUGUUUUCCAAAAGAAGGGCAAAGAAAAUGGGUCAGAGCAGGACUCAAGCCCAGAUGUUGUGUCCAAUUUGCAAUCAAAAAUUUCUCCAGCAAAUCAAGUGCCUUGGUAUCUUCAAGUCGUGGAAAAACCGCCUCAAUCAGGUCCUCAAACGCAGUUGCAAACUAUCCAGUUGCCUCAGGGAUCUCCAGAUUCCUUGAAAACAAUCACAGAGUUUUUGCGUGACAAGCUUGCACUGGAAAACAUUUUGGUGUUCGAUUUGCGUCAGGAUAAAGAGUCCUUCACCACCGCGUGCAGCCGAAUCGGCGAUUUUAUGGUCCUUGCUACUGGAAAGUCCGGCAAACAUUGUCACAAGAGCUUUGUAGAAGUAAACACGCUGUUGAAGAAUAUUUUCAUGACGGUGGGGGACGUGGAAGGUAAUAUUAGUGCAAAAGAACUUCGGAAACGGCAAAGGCGGCUCGCAAGACGCUCAAAUUUGAACAGAUCUGCCCAAGCGACCCUAUCGCGUCAAAGCGCACUCUCUGAUUGCUGGUAUAUGAUUGAUUGCCAUGUGGACGGCAUUUUUGUCAAUAUUCUGACCGAAAACCGGAGACAUGAGCUCAAUUUGGAAGAACUUUACGCACCGGAGAGCGACAGGCACUUGUACGAGCGUGGUCCUGAUGCAGAGGCCAGUGAACAGCUAGACGAUGACGAUAACGUCUUGGCCGGACUUAGAAGACUUGCUUCGCGACAUCAGCAACGAUUUUACUCGACUUCUGCUUCUCAGGACCAUUCUGUUUACAAAUCGCUGCUACAACAAGAUUUCAAACGUGCAUCCCAACACAUUUCGAGUCCGUCACUUGGAUCGCUUAAAUCGGUCACGCAGGCUUUGGAAACUAUACAGGAAGGAACGGAGAUUGAUGUGAACAAUUGGAGACGAAUUUUCGAUCGUUGUUGGCCAUUGUACGUGUCCAAAGCGGAACAAGACGAGUAUUGGUCCCAAAGACUAUACUUCUUCAAAUUAUUAAACUGUGCUGCCCCGAAACGGGCCUCCGUGCGAGCAUUCUUGACAGAUUACUUAGUUUUGAAAGCUGCGCAAGGUGGACAACUAUCGCGAAAUGAUCUAUGCGAAUUUUUGCAAUCCGUGGUGGCCACGUUGAAGGAUGAUAAGACUACCGAUUACUGGGAUCUUGUCGCUUACAAUAAGCUUGUUGUCGACGCAAUCAAAUUGUACCAAGUUAACAACCCGGAAGUGAUCAGGAACGAACAAGUCGUAUGUGGGCUCAUAGACACGAUGCGAUACACUAAUUCCAAGACCACAGUGUGCUUGCAUGCGGUUUACGAGCUCAUAGACUUUAUAAGCGAGGAGUUUCAAGCGCGUGUUCCGGACUCAGUCGUGAAAAACAUAUUGACGUUGCUGGCGCAAAGACAUGAUUGGAACAAAUUGUUCAGUUUCUGGGCAAAAUGCCAGGGCAAGACGGCGGACUUGCGUCCUUGGCCGAUUUUCCUCGAUACGUUUACAAAUUUUGCCGAUCGACAAUGGAUGCAAUAUCUGAUCAAUGAGGGCCAUUUACUAUGGAUCAAACGCAAUGGCGUGAAGAUCACACCGGAAUUGCGUACAUCGCUGGCACGACUGUUUUCACUAGCAGAACCCUCGGGUGUUGCGUACAAAGAUUUGUACAAUUAUCUCGUUGACAACGCCACGACCGCAUAA